ACGAAGGGAAGAAGCGGUUACUCUCAGCGGUGUUAUGUUUUUCCCUUCUACGAUUCUGCAAUAAUAUCCGGAAGUGGCGCAUUCAAGAGCAUGACAUCUGUUCACUGAGCUGUUGCAUCUUAAGAGAGUACUUGCACACAAGCUUUGGUGUGCAGCGAAUGAGGCUGACCCAACGUCAUCAUGGAGACAGAAACAGAAAUGAUUCCCAUCUGGCAGAACAAGCCUCACGGAGCUGCACGUAGUGUUGUUAGAAGAAUAGGUUCCACUCUUCCACUCAAACCUCCGCAGAGGGCAUGUUUUCAGGAGCUCCCAGGUCUGCCCCCUCUUCGUGCUUUUGACGGCCCUGCAGUUCCCACCUUGGCAGACAUAGCCUGGAUCGUUGCAGAUGAAGAGGAGACAUAUGCCAGAGUCAGAAGUGACACACGCCCUCUGAAACACGAAUGGCGGCCCACACCCCUCCUAGUUCUCCACAGGAACUCAUCUGUGCCCAAUUUCCGUCGGGAAGGCAAAAGGAUGGAGGGCCUGAGGAAGCCUGGGGUGACGGCGCUGAACCGAACCACAGCCCUGCAGGAAGAGCUCAGCAGACUGAGAGCUCAGAUCGCAAAGAUUGUUGCAAGCGAUUCAGACUCUAACCCCCUGACCCCCGAGCUGCUCUCCCCUGAUGACACCAGCAUGGGGUUUUCCAUGGCCCCAUUCGAGACUGCGUCCCUCCAGCCGGCGACCGUGGCUCCCGCUUCCUUCGUCAUUAGCGACGUCACUGAGGAGGAAGAGGAGGAGGCAGAAGACGAAGAACUGGUGGAGGAAGAUGAGAAAGACGUAGUCUCCAUCGUCUCUGAGCUCCUUCCCGAUCCUCUGCCUCCCGUUUCCAUGACGGCGUCGGCCACCUUCGAUCUGGACAGGCCCAGCAUGGAUUUCCGGGAGGCGGAGGAAGACACGGUGUCCCUGUCCAAGUCCACCAGCUUUGCCGACGUCAUGGACAUCCUGAAGGACAUGAACAAAAUGAAGAUGAGUAAAGACAGGUACAACAGAGGCUGCACCUCCCUCAGAGAGGAGGACUCGGCCACGCUGAUAUCAGAAGCUCUGAGGAAAAAGUUCGUCCUGAAAGAUGAAGAUUCUGCUGCUGUGAAAAGGAAGUAGUCAAUUUAACCAAAUCCUGCUGCUCCAAUGUAAGUCAGGAUAAAGCUGACAGGAUGAGCGUUUUAUAUAUUUAUCGAACAUUUUGUUUUUCCCGUUAGCUUUAUAAAUGUUCAGUUUUAGGCCUUUGCCGGUACAGUUUAUGCCCACGGAUUGAAAUCCCGCCCAUCUCCCAGUCAGAAAAAAAGCCAAGCUGCUGCUGUUCCUCUGGGAACUUCAUUACGUUUUACAGUGAAGAUCUUACCUGCAGUUAAACAACUCAACGGGUUAGAUCCCUCUUUUUUUUCCACUUAAUGUGCUUACUUUACAGAUGAUUAUCCAGCCUGUAAUCAUCGAGUGAGGAGACUUUGCUGUUAAUUUUCAUUAUGAAAGAUUCAAAUAUUAUGUCAGAUGUUUAAAGAACUUUUUUAGA